AUUAACAUUUGUAUUAAUUUGCAGUGAAGGCAUUGCAGGCCAUCAAGAGCAGUUUGAUGGAUCCCUAUAAUAAUAUUAGUAAUUGGGAUCAAGGAGACCCAUGUACAUCAAAUUGGACAGGAGUUGUGUGCUCCAAUAAAACAUUAGGCGAUGGAUACCUACAUGUUCAAAAAUUGCACCUACUACAAAUGAAUUUGUCAGGAAGUUUGUCACCAGCGCUUGGCCAGUUAUCAAAUUUGACAAUAUUGGAUUUUAUGUGGAACAACAUAAGUGGAAUUAUACCAAUGGAGAUAGGCAAUAUAACAUCUUUGGAACUCUUGCUUCUGAAUGGAAACCAAUUAACAGGUCCCUUACCUGAAGAGCUUGGUUACCUUCCAAAUUUGAAAAGACUACAAAUUGACCAAAACCAAAUAUCAGGAUCAAUACCUAAAUCAUUUGCAAACUUGAACGCAACACAGCACUUUCAUAUGAACAAUAAUUCAAUUAGUGGGCAAAUCCCAAGUGAGCUAUCUAGAUUACCAAAUCUUCUUCACUUCCUUCUUGAUAAUAACAACUUAUCAGGGAAUCUUCCACCAGAGUUCUCCACAAUGCUAAAUUUACGAAUACUUCAACUUGAUAACAAUAACUUCAAUGGGGCUACAAUUCCAUCUUCUUAUAGCAACAUGUCUAAAUUGCUGAAGUUGAGCCUUAGGAACUGCAGUUUGCAGGGACCGGUUCCUAAUUUGAGCCAAAUACCAAACCUUUAUUAUCUAGACCUCAGUUUAAAUCAGCUAAAUGGAACCAUACCCUCAGAUAAGCUUUCGGGAAAUAUGACGACUAUCUUGUUAUCCAACAACAGUCUUACUGGAACAAUUCCCACCAGCUUUUCGGAUCUCCCUCGUCUUCAAAUAUUGUCAAUUGCAAACAAUUCAUUGAGUGGCUCUGUUCCAUCCAGCAUUUGGCAAAAUAGGACUUUGAAUGGAAUGGAGAAACUUACAGUGGAGUUGCAGAAUAAUGUGCUUUCAAAUAUUUCAGGCACUAUUAAUCUAUCUCCAAAUGUCACUGUCUGGCUUCAAGGGAAUCCCUUAUGUUCGAACUCCAGCCUAUCCCAGUUCUGUCGUUUUGAAAGUGAUGAAAAUAACAAUCAAAGUUCAACAAAUACGACUUCUGUUUGUCCAGCUCAAGAAUGUCCACCCCCUUUUGAAUAUUUAAGUUCCGCUGCAUCUCCUGUGGCUUGUUUCUGUGCUGCCCCCUUGUUUGUUGGAUAUCGGUUGAAAAGUCCUGGAUUCUCAGAUUUUCGUCCAUACAUAAAUACAUUUGAGGAGUUCCUGUCAUCUAGUCUUGACUUGUUUCUUUAUCAGCUGUACAUUGAUUCAUUUUUCUGGGAAGGACCUCGACUAGGAAUGAACUUGAAGCUUUUUCCUGUAUAUGGAAAUAGCAGCACUACUAAGUUCAAUAUGAGUGAGGUUGAUCGAAUCUUCGGGCUGUUCACAUCAUGGAGCAUCGAUGAUAGUGACAUUUUUGGACCCUAUGAACUUAUCAGCUUCCCUCGACUGGGCUUCUAUAGAGACGGUUUGUCUUGAAACACUUUUUUAAUAUGUUUUGCCACAGAGCUUUAUUGUAGUUGGAACGAAUGCUUGUUUAGCUUCUGACGAUUGCACAACUUUUUUCUCCAAUUUGUUUGACCUAUUCCUUGAAAUCUUCUAUACUUUAAAGACAAUCUUUAAUCUUGUGGCAUUAUUCCCUA